AAACACAAGGACCCGGAAGUCCUUCUGAUUCCGCGGGUCUUUUGGGACGACAGCUCCGCACAACACUGCGCAGAAAUGGCGGUAAAUACCAUGGAGAAGAAACUGGCCGAGUACAAAUGUGACACAAAUGAAGCCAUAUCCUUGAAGCUGGUUCGCUUUCCAGAGGAUGUUGAAGAUGAUGGCACCACAUUCCACCCUGAGUACAGCCACCAAAUCUUUGGAGAUGAUGAGGUCGCGUUUGGGUACAAAGGUCUUCAGAUCCAGCUGUUCUACACUGCUGGAAACCUGAGCACCCUCUUCAAAGUGAAAUAUUCCUCAAAGGUCACUGAGACAUUCGACUGUGUGGAGCCCGAUGAUGUUGAAGGGAAGAUCCGGGAGAUCGUUCCUGCUGGAUUCACCUACAACACUGAUGACUUCAUCUCGCUGCUGGAGAAGGAGGCCAAUUUCAAACCCUUUGGCACCCUGCUUCACACGUACACCGUUCACAGCGAGGAGGCAGGAGAGUUCACAUACCAGAUUCACAAGGCUGAUAUUGCCUGCCCGGGAUUCCAAGAGUACCACGAGCGCCUGCAGACCUUCCUCAUGUGGUUCAUAGAGACUGCCAGUUUCAUCGACGCAGAUGACGAUCGUUGGGACUUCUUUCUUGUAUUUGAAAAGUACAAUAAAGAUGGGGAGACUCUCUACGCAACUGUUGGCUACAUGACAGUUUAUAAUUACUACGUGUACCCAGACAAAACCCGACCACGUGUAAGCCAAAUGCUGAUCCUGCCUCCGUUCCAAGGAGAGGGUCAUGGAGCUCAGCUUCUGGAGGCCGUGCACAGAUUUUACUGUGGCCUGCCCAAAGUGCAAGACAUCACAGCUGAAGACCCCUCUGAGAACUACGUGAAGCUGAGAGACUUUGUGCUGGCGAAGCUUUGCCAAGGCCUGCCGUCCUUCGCUGCAGACAAACUGCACCUCGGCUUCUCAGCUGACAUGGUCAAAGAGGCACAAGAGAAGCUGAAAAUUAACAAGAAACACGCGAGGCGAGUGUACGAAAUCCUGCGUCUAAGAGCCACAGACAUGAGUGAUGAAGUAAAAGCGAGAGAGUACCGCUUAGAAGUGAAGAAGAGGCUAUUUGGACCCUACAGGAAGAAUCAGAGGGAGCUGGCGAAGAUGAGGAAGUGUCUGCGGCCGGAGGAGCUGGUGUCCCACAUGGGUCAGAUGGACACUCAGACGCAGCACGAGGAGCUGGAGAAGAGUUAUCAGGUCGUCGUGGAAGGCUACAGGAGAAUCAUUGAGAGGCUAGCGACGCAGGCCUAAUCAGACUGAGAUACCGCUGGCCUGGAGCCCACCCACUCAACAUACAGGUGCUCUGCCCAAUCUGUACAAAGCCCACAUCACUACAGACUUCUGCUGCAGCCGAGUAGAUGCGCUAUCACUGUAACACAGUCGUUGUUCCCAUUGAAGAGUGUCACAGAUGUAUAGUAGCUGGUGAAAGGCUGCAGCAGAAAAAGCCUGUCUGUUUCCCAGCUGAUGUCGAUACAGUAGGGGAGGUGAAUAGUGAAGCUGGAGGGUGUUCAAUCGCAUCGCGUGAGAUUUAAAUGAUAAAAAGUUCACAGGUGAUCAGAGGUCCACUGUUCAGUGGAGAAACCCUGCUUCUUCUCCAUGAUAGACAUUUUUGUAAAAGACCUUUUGUCUAAAGAGUUCCCGGCGUGUGUUUUGAAACACUUCAUACUGAAAAUUAAAAAAAAAAAGCGGUUUUGUAUAUUGUUCAAAUGGGGUGAUUCUUAUUGUUAAGGGGAAAAAAAAAUAAAACUGAACAACUGA